AUGCACUGUAGUUACACACUGAGCACGGUGAAACCGACACAUCGAGCUACACAAGGUACACACGGGACCCUCACUGCACCUCUCGUCUAUGUUACGGUGGCAACACGUGCUCUGCCAAUUUCCUCGUCACCCAGACUACUGACACUCAACGAAGCAAUGAAGAUCGGGUUCAUCGGAGGCGGAAGACUGGCCUUUGCGUUGGCAAAUGGAUUUAUAUCAGCAGGUCUGGCGAAACCUGAAGAAAUCACAGCCAGUUGCCAUCCAUCGGAUACGGCUAGCGCGCAAGCUUUUAAGGGCUUAGGGGCCACAGCCCUCUUCGAGAACAAAUCGGUGGUGGAGCGAUCUGAAGUUGUCAUCGUUUCGGUGAAACCUGACGUGGUUGUGCCGGCUUUACGGGAAAUCAAGGAUUUGACAGCUUCCAAGAACAAGCUCUUCAUAUCCGUCGCGAUGGGCGUUUCCACGGCAACCAUUGAAAAGACACUGCCGUCGGAAGCGCGUGUUAUCCGAGUAAUGCCUAACACGCCAGCUCUAGUCAAAGAAGGCGCCGCGGCAUUAAGCAGGGGCUCGAGGGCUACGGCCGAAGACGCAAAGCUGACGGCGCAGCUGUUCCGCGCAGUUGGCACCUGCGACGAAGUGCCGGAGUACCAAAUGGACGCGGUCACAGCGCUAAGCGGCAGCGGACCAGCAUAUGUCUACAUGCUUAUAGAAUCUCUAGCUGAUGGGGGGGUAAGGUGUGGGCUACCGCGUGAUUUGGCACUCAGGUUGGCUGCGCAGACGACUCUAGGUGCUGCGGCCAUGCUGAAAACGGGUGGCCAUCCGGCCGCAAUGAAGGAUAACGUCACUAGCCCUGGUGGAUCCACCGCGGAGGGAACAUAUCAUCUAGAACAGAACGGUUUCCGCUCUGCCGUUAUAGGUGCAGUUAUGGCAGCAACAAACAGAUGUAAACUGGUUAAUGAACAACUUAACAAC